AUGAGCGGCGGCAGGAACAUGGUCGUUAACUACGAUAUUGCGCAUUACAAUGACGACGAACUGUGCAAGAUACUCUACAGUAUGGCUGAAGACAAGGACAGCACCACAGCGCCGCCGCGACCAUCCAGUAACCAAAGCUACAUGAUGGAUGAGGGCAUGGAUUCCAUCGAUGACUACCUCAACUCAAUUCUGAACGAAGCGAAUACCAAGGCUAAGGAGAACGACUAUAAGGCCGACCCCUUCCACUCAACGGAGAUGCGCCCGUCUGUCAAGGCCAAGGUGGACGGUUACGAUGAAGACUACGAGGACGACAUUCUCUACUCAACGCCGCGUUGA